AUGCAAAUGAUAACUUGGAACGUGCAGGGAAUAUCAAACAAGAUGCAUAAAAUUUUGUUGGCCUUGGAUGAGAAUAGUACAGACCUUGCUGUUCUAACAGAAACUAAGAAAAAAGGUAAAGGCAAUGAGGACCUAGACAACUACAUACAUCUAUGGUCAGGCGUGGACAAAUCGCGGAGAGCAGCGGCUGGAGUCUCUAUCCUCAUCAACAAACGCCACAAGAAAUAUAUCAAGACAUAUGAAUACAAGUCGGAAAGAAUCAUGACCUUGACGCUUGCUAUAUAUGGUUACGAUACCACAGUGAUAGCAGUGUAUGCACCCACGAAUGAUUCUACACAACAACUCAAGGACGAAUUCUAUGCUGAUUUAUCGGGGAUUUUAAAUGCUCUUCCUCGCCACCAGGAGGUUAUUCUAACUGGUGACCGAAACGCAAGAGUCGGAUCAAGGUUCGACCAUGAUGUGGUGGGGCAGUUCGGUGAGUUAUGUGUUAACAACUCUGGAGAAACGCUUAUGGACUUCUGUACUCAAAACUUUUUGAAAAUCCUGAAUGGGUUCUUUGAACAUAAAAAAAUACAGAGAUACACUUGGGAGAGGCCAUCUCUACAUCAGAAAUCUGUUCUGGAUUAUUUCAUAUGUAAACAGAAAAGUCGAUUCAAAUGGCAAGAUUGCAGAGUGAAAAGAGGUCCAAACUGUGGAUCCGAUCAUUACAUGGUGGAGGCUAAGAUAGUAUGUCCUUUUAUUAGGAAACAACUGAGUAAACAUCCGGACAAUGAAGAACAACAGAAACUACCUGAAGAACAGAGAUUGAAUCUAUACCUAUUACAGCAGGAAAGUAUAAGAACCCUAUAUCAAAGUCGACUAUCAGAAGAGCUUAGAGCUAGACCGUGGAAACUGAAUAUGAAAACAUAA